AUGGAUGAAAGGUUGUUUCAGGCUGCAUGGAAUGGGGAUGUUGAUCAUCUGCUCAAAGAGAUCAAAUCCAAUCCAUCUAUUCUUCACGCUGCAGCAUUGGAGGGCGGUGAAAAUCCAUUACAUAUUGCUUGUUUGGCUGGACAUUUAAACUUUGCAGCAAAAGUUAUAGAACUCAAGCAAAAUUUCACUAGUGAGCUUAACCAAGACGGUUUUAGCCCUUUGCACAUUGCUGCCGCUUGUGGGCAUGUAAACAUUGUAAAGGAGCUUCUCAAAGUUGACCUUGAUUUGUGUUUGAUCGAAGGGAAAGACAGAAAAAUCCCUCUUCAUUUGGCUGUGGUUAAAGGUAAAGUUGAAGUUAUUAGAGAGUUGAUUCUGUCAAGUUUGGAUUCUAUCGAGUGCACGACUGCUCAAGGUGAGACUUCAUCUCAUCUAGCAGUGAAGAAUCACCAAUUCAAAGCUUUACAACUGUUAGUACAUCAUUUAAAGCAAGAAAACAAAGAAUAUCUCCUGAAUUCUAAGGAUAUUCACGGCAAUACAGUCUUGCACCUUGCCGUCUCUAGGAAGCAGUAUGAGGUGGUUGACUUUUUACUGAAUGGGCAAGCUAUUAGUAAGGAAAACCUGGAGUUGAAUUCCUUAAAUAAUAGUGGUUUAGCUCCUCUUGAUAUGCUACCAACGUUUAGAAGUGAAGCCGGUGAUCUUGAAAUUGAGGAGCUUCUCAUCCAAGCCGGAGCUCUAAGGACUGAAAAUCUACCAAAUCCGGAAUAUACACAACAAACACCACAUCAAGCUGACAGAAGACAAGAAAACGGUUCAUUACCUCCGGCUAAAAAACUAUUACAGUACUUUAAAUACAAUAAUAUCAAAGACUCUCCUAGUAAAGUAAGAGACACCCUUCUUGUGAUAGUCAUACUGAUUACGUCUGCAACGUAUCAACCAGCACUUAGUCCUCCUGGAGGCACUUGGCAGGAUGAUUCAGCUCCAUCAUCCUCUGGAAAUAGUACGCUAUCAUCUGCCACAAACAAUACGUCUGCUACUGAACCACAUACUGCUGGACAAGCUAUUAUGGGCACUCAUAACCCUAUAUCAUACAGUAUAUUUCAGUUUUCCAAUUCAUUGGGGUUCUAUACAUCCCUUCACAUGCUCUGCAUACUCACCAAAUCUUUCCCUUUGCGGAUGGAAUUUUAUUUAAUAGUGGGGGCGCUUGCUUCUACCUACGGUACUUGCAUGGGUGCAAUUGCUCCAUAUAGUUAUAUCUCAUGGUCCUUUACAGGCAUCUCGAUUGCUCUGCCGUUCAUGAUACCAGUUACAACCAGGUUAUUAAGAAAUUAUUGGCAGAGGCCUAAACCAUGGAACGGUGAUGUUGAUUAUCUUCUUAAAGAACUUGAUACAAAUCCAUCUAUGCUUCAUGCCGUGGGAUUGGAGGAUGUUGAAAAUCCAUCUUUCUUCUUAAAUAACUAG